AUGUUUUUUACUUAAGGACUUGGUUAAAUAUGGAAAUGUGAAAGAGGACUUAAUUAAGUAGAAGUGUGCCUCUUUUCAUAUGUCCUUCUUCGCUUCUCAACCUUUUCUUUUAUUUAAUCUGUUAUAUUUGUCUGCAAAAUUGGUUCCAAUUGGAAAUGCUCAGCCUUCCGAUGUAAAUAUUCAUUAAAAAUUGAAUCAAAUCUUAUUCUAUAUAGUUUAACUUCUCUUGGUGAUCUAAGAAAGCUUUCAAAGAAUUGUUAAUUUGCCUUUGGUGAAAAAUAUUUAGAAUUCAUUAAUGUUAUAAAUAAACUUAUUCAUUAAAUAUUUUAUUAUGAUAAAAAAUUCAUUCAAAAAGCUACAAUUUAAUAAGAUCAUUCUUUAUAUUACCAACUGGUAUUAUAAAAUGUUCCAGCAAAACAAAAUAACAAAAUUGCCAUAGUAUAAUAAGAAUAUAUAAUCAAGAUUCUAAUAUGUCUUAAAAAGGAUCACCAACAACAGUAUAACCUAAAAUGA